AUGAGUUCAAGAGCACUUAGAAGGCUAGAGCAGCAAAGAAUUCAAGAAGAAGCCGAAAGAAAUGAGCAAGAAAGAGCACAGAACAGUGGAGAAGACUCAGAAAAUGAUUAUCAAGAUUCAAAGCAACCAGCUUUCAAUGCAUUCAGUCUAUUGAAUGAACAAGACGAAGAGACUGAUUCCGGGAAUGAAGAUGCUCCAGAAACAGUAUCGCCACCAGAACCCAAACCGGAACCAGUUUCGUUACCAUCUAAAAAAUCCAAGAAAAAGAGUAAAUCAAAGAAGAAACAACAGAAAAAGAAUAACCAAGAGAAAGAAACCAGUGCCGAUAUAGAUAGUGACGAAGAGUUGGAUAAAAUAUUGGCAGAAGUUAAAUUGAAGGAUAAGUCUGGGGACUCGUCGGAAAAUACCUCUUCAAGCGCAACUCCUCAACUUGAAUCAUACGAUUUCGAAUAUGAUGUUGAAGAAGAAUUUGAUGAAGAUAUAAAACCAAGUCCUCAUUUUGAUUCUAACUUCAAAAGAUUCACUUCUAACAGAUUGAAACAAUCCUUAAGGUUACUAUCAAUCCAAUCGAUCAAGAACCUAGAUCCCGACCAAGAAUUGAGCAAUUUGUUUGGUAACUUAUCAAAAGAUACUAUCGAGGACGCUAAUCAAACUACUGCCUUAUCAACUUCUCCAGAAGUUCUUGCCCAGUUUAAGAAGUUAGCAAGACUUACUAGGGGCUGGUGCGGGAAAGAUCGUCGUAGUGUUCCUGGAACAACUAGAAAACUCUUAUUAUCAAGAAUUAAAGAUGAUUAUUUGCCUACUGCAGCUAAACCAUUGAACAUGGAAGAAUUGAAAAUGUCACAGAUUGUGGAUAUCCUUGAUUAUAAAGAAGACUCUUUUGAACGUGAAGAGUUGAAUAUAAAAGUGAAAAAAGAACUAGCGUUGGGGGUUAAAUAUUUUAAAUUCAAUAAAGUUAGAAGCAUUCAGGAUAGAGUUGCAAAUACCAGAUUUUACCAUGCAGCAGUAUUAACUCCUGAUCCAGAUUCUUUGAUGCAAUUAUUACAGCAGAACCCUUACCAUGAAGAAACAUUAUUUCAAGUUGCAAUGGUUAUGCUUAGACAAGGCGGGGAUAAAUCCAUUAGUAACUCCUUGGUUGAAAAAGGACUUUUUGUAUUUGAUAGAAGUUUCCAUAAAAAAUUCCAUGAGUUGCUUUAUGAAGGGAAAAAUGGUUUGCUUAGAUUACCUUAUGAAGGAUUUGUCAAUAGACAAUUUUAUCUUGGUUUAUUCAGAUACAUUAUUAACUUGGGUGAACGUUCCAUGUUUUUCACAGCUCUCAACUAUUGUAAAUUCUUAUUAUCUUUAUCUCCAUCAGAAGAUCCUUUGGGAGUCAGAUACUUUAUUGAUUUUUAUGCUAUUUUGGCUGAAGAAUUCAAGUAUCUAAUUCAGUUUUCCGAAUCCCCAUUAUCUACUACAUACUCUAAAUGGAAUACUCCAGGUAUUGCAUUCUCUACUGUUUUGGCAUUUUUACGCUUAAAUGAUAAAGAGGGUGCUCGAAAAGCAUUGAUUUCAGCAUAUUCUCAACAUCCAUAUGCUGCUUAUAAGUUAUUAGAAGCCAUAGGAUUAUCACAAUCAUUACCAGUUAAAGAGCAUGAAUUGCCAACAACUCCUGAAAUUCUUAUUGCAUCUGAAACGUACCUCGUUAGAGCUCCUCUCCUAUGGAAAGAACAAGAGGAAAGAAAUUUCUUACAUGAUGAGUUGCUAGCCUUAUUCAAAUCUCAACCAUUCGAGAAAAAUACAACAUCUUUCUCUCAAUCUAUUUUCCAAUACUUUACUGGAUCCUCCAAACCAGAAGAUGGAGAUGGUGAAAUCCCAUUUAACUUAAUAAGAUUCGCCAUUCUUUCAGGUGAAAACAAAAUUAUGGCUAAACUUCCUGAAGCUAUUUUCUCCCGAGACGAUGUAUUUGAAUACGACGUUCUUCCCCCAAGAGACCCUAAUUCUACAAGACUUAACCAUUUUUUAAUCCGUGAAGGUCACCAGGUAACUGACUCGAUGCUAGACUACGUAGACCAGAACCUUCUAGGAGCAAUUGUCCAAGAAAGGACUGGUAAUUCGUUUGAGGAUAUUUUGAAUAACAUAGAAGGCCAAAUGGUCGAUGAGCAAGUCAACGAUGAUAUCCGAAACGAAGACUUGGACUAA